AUGGAUCCCCUCUCCAUUUCCGCCUCGGUGGCCGGCCUCAUCACGAUAUCGACUCAAAUCCUGAGCCUCGUUGGUGCGAUCAAGUCCAAGAACAACAAAGGGCUGGAAUCUCUGUCGCGUGAAGUCGUGGCCGUCCGUGGAAUCCUCUGUCAGAUUCAACAGAUUAUUCAGUUCCAAUCUGCAAAGCCCACCAAAAGCUCAGAAUGGCUAGAGACCCUUAAUAGUACCACGAAUAGUUUGGGAGACACAUAUCUCACCCUUCAGAAAGAUUUGCAAGGGUUGCAAUCAAACUCGAAGCUUGAGUCACUAAAGAUGAAAGUAAAGUGGACACUAAAGGAGAGUGAUAUUCAGGACAGGUUGAGAAGUCUGGAAAGCUAUAAGCUGUCUCUGGAUCUAUUGCUUUCUGUCCAGACUAGUACUACUACGACGAAUAUCGAGGAAAUUCUCGUUCAAGUCCAGAAGAAACUGUCGCUGAAACCCGCAGAAUCUACUACUGUAAAAACGCCGCUAUCAUGGAGAAAGAAGCUAGCAGGGCUCAAUUCAGGACCGCCUGACGAGCAAAAGAAAGAUGAUACUGGGGAAAUCUCUCCUCCACUUGGGAGUAGUGCUAGCUCGGUGACUUUGGGUACUGACUCGUCGCAUGUGAUCCCCAGCCCGAAGACAACCGGCUGGGAUGAACCAGGGUUCUACGGUAUCAGUCGAGACGAAGGUCAACAAGCUCCAGAUCUUAACAGCCCUGAUCUGACUUCCGUCUGUGAAAUUAAGAUUGGAAAGCAGAACAUUAGUCUGGUCUGUGGCUGGGAGGAACCAUCAGUAGCAAACGAAUCAAUCAGACACAUGCAGGUACAUCUGUUAUUCAAGGGACCCUCAGUGGGAGAUCUUUACUUCAUGCAGCUCAAAGACUCAUUAUCGAUAAUAACACUGCAUCGCUUUUUCACACCAAUUGGGAGGUCCAGUCUCAUAAUUGGACGGUGUGAUUUGAAGGGCACCGCCUGUGACCUAGGACAGGAGUCUCCAGAGGAUCAUCAUCUUGCACUGGGGGCAUAUGCCCUUAAAUCAAGCGACAAAAUCGAGCAAGUACUGGUGAAUUUUGAAAGUCCUCGCGAUCGCGAAGAGUUCAUGGGGCAUCUGUACGCCGCUCGAUACUUGCAGCGUAUGGAGCUUGCAUUUGGCAUGCCACAAAAGCUGUACCAUGAUUCAAAUGCCGGGAAAAGAGCUCAGCAUGUCCAAGUAGGAUAUGCAGACGGCAAGGAGAAGGCCUUCAUUUAUCCUUAUAUCACCGUAGAGUACAACCUGGAAGAUCGAGCUCCCCGACUCAAGUGUACGACAAAGCCGACUGAUCAUGUCGGUGUCUUUAAAGAGGAUUUGCCGAGCCUCGAUAUUCAAAUAGUAGGCAGUGAAACUAUCGUCUGCAAUGCUCCAGAUGGAAAUCAAAUUCGCACAAUUUCGAUGACUUUUGGAUCUCUGAGCGAGGUUCUGCAGAUGUACUACCGCCUGCAAGAUAUCGUGCGGGAGUGGACCGUGAUGAGCACGAAAAAUGUUGGCGAAUUUAAAGUUAAAAAGGAAUGGAAAGUCAAAAACUUCGAGUUCUGGAAGGAAUCCAAGGCUCCUGGGAUACCUUUCGGUAGUGUCGUUGUGGUGGCCAAAACAGACCGUUCCCUCAAGAGAAUGAUGAUGGAUGUAUACGAUGAGACGCGAACUGAGAAGCUGGCAUGUUUCUACGUGAUGAUCUAUUCUAUAAUAUUUCACAAGCGCCACAUGCGAGCAUCAUCCCCUGAUUUCUUUGGUUCGCCGAUUAUGCAGACCGGUUUCUGGGACCUCAGGAAUAGGGGUGAUACCUCGCCAGAGAAUUUCCAUGCAGGCCAGGUGAGAUUGAAAGGCCCAGGUGAGAAGCAUAUAUGCGAUGAGCUGGAGGAAUUCGCAGAGGCCAUGAUGAAGGACAGUCAGGAUGCCCAGAAGAGGGUAAUGAUUGAAAUUAAUCGGGUGUGA